AGACGCCGAAAUGAACGGGUUCGCACUUUGUUUGCUGGUGAUAUUGGCAGCUGAUGCUGUUAGAUCACAGGGUCCUCCUACCCAGACAAAGAAGGGGACCCGACCUGCACGUCCCAAUGACAACACUGACAGGGGACUGCCUUCCGGAGCGGAUGUUCCAGACGGCACUCGAUUCGCUCCCCCUCCAACACAAACACGCGCCGGACCUUCUCCUGCCGGCCGCCCUGCUGCUGGACCACCACCACCACCGGCAGGAGCUGCUCCACCCGCAGCCGGCCGACUAGCUCCACCAGCCGCUGGAGGUCCAGCACCACCAACCGGCGCCGCCCCGGUUCUCUCCGGUCCUCCUCCUACCGCACGCCGACUUGCACCACCUGCUGCCCCAGCUGGAAGCCCCAAUGACAAUGCUGAUCGGGGAAUUCCUUCUGGCGCCGAUGUUCCCGAUGGCGUUCCAUCCGCUGCACCGGUCGCUCCUUCGCGCUCCGCAACUUUCUUCAACUACGUCGCACCAGCUGCCCCAGCAGCUCCUGCCAUGUCAUGCGAGGCCUAUUGCGAUAUGACGGCGUCAUACAAGCCAGUCUGCAGUAUCGAUGGCAAUCAGUAUGACAAUGACUGCCUGCGUGAAUGCACCGGAGAGCCUCGCCAGUGCGAGAACCCUUGUCCCUGCAACGCUACCCCCAGCGAGCCAAGCCAAGUCGUGUACGCGGACGACCCGAUUGUUAGCGAGUGCCCCUUCUGUUCCCAGGAAUGGGACCCAGUAUGCAUCGACAACGAGGAGACCGUCCAAAACGAAUGCAUUGCAAAAUGCCAGGGAAAGACAAUCACCUGUUCUUCGUCAUGCCCUUGCUAAGACAAUCCGGGUCUUUUGGGUCACGUGGCUCAGAUCGCAUGAUCAAGAUGGCGGACGUAGCGAGGACGUGUGCU